UAUGGUCGUGCCAUCAGUUAACCCUUCUGGCGCACGCCCAGGAUUGCCGACCCCUGCUUUAAAAGAACAUUAUGCAGUAUUUUUAAGACGUAUACAGAAAUAAAAGAUAAUGUUCAUAUUUCUGUCUUAAUUGGAGUAUAAUAAUUUAAUAAGUAAGUGUUUUGGUUUCCAGGAACAAGCUUUAUAUCUACAAAGGCCAAUCGAUUGUGUUGUACUGCCAUGUUUCUGCAGUAGCUCUGCAGAACUUGAUGGUAUCUCCUGACCACUAGAGGUCACCAGCAUACCAACAAAAAGGCAACUGGACUUGUUUGUUUGUUUGGUGUUUGUUUGUUUGUGAAGACCUUUUUUCUGUCAUCCAAUAGGCUUCUUCAGUUUUAAAAACAACUUAUGGAAAUUCCUGGGUAUUUACUGUCACUUGAGCUAUUCAGGCCACAUGGGUCAAGGUUUGAGUGGGCCCUGAAACACCUGGGAAGAUUGCAUUGUAGGUGGCUGAUAGGUGGCGUCUGUGGACGUGCUAAAAGCACUCUAGACUUAAAUGAUGUGAUGGCUCCGUGCUUCGAAGUAGUUUACUAUAUAUGAAAACUACUACUGGGAAGGGACAGUCAAAUACUUGAAACGGUCACUCUCAGUCCGUUGGUUGAAAUCUAUAAAUUCAUCACUAGUUGACCUUAAAUCCUAUACGCAGGGCCUUUAAUUCAACUUGGUACAUAUUUCUAUGGGGGUUAAGUAAAAUCAUCUUUCUGCAACAUAUACUGUAAAUUGUGGAUGCUCAUAUUAUAAUAAAUUACCUAAAAAAUUUACUUCACAGUAAUAUUGGUAGUUCACAUUAGUAAAUGCACUUGGGGAUCAGUGGUACUAGCAGUGGGAUGCAGAAGUACAAAACAUAUAAUAUGAAUGUAUAUGUAGGAUAAUCUAGUCUAUAUUGUUUUAUUGUGUUGAAAUUCUUGUGCGUUUUAACUCCUGAACUCAGUGAGCUGCUGUCGACCUUCCCCUCGGAGCCCACCUCUCUGGUUGUGAGCCAGGAUGACCAGAUGAUGGUGGUUGGCACCGGAGAGGGAACUCUGCAUUUCAUCCACACGCAGACUGGACGGGAGGUGAAGUCUCUGAUAAGCAGCUGUGACAGCAUCUCGAGCUGUGUCUUCCUGAAGGACGGACAUCUUGCUACCACCUCAUUUGAUGGGCGAAUAGAAGUGUGGGACAUUGAAAAUGGAUGCAGGACUGCUCUUAUUGAUGGCCACACUAAUACAAUAACAGGAAGUGAUGUCACUGCAGACAAGAAGCACCUUGCCACGGUUUCCCUCGACUGCAUGAUUAAAGUGUGGUCUUCUGAUAAAGGUACUGAAGUGUCCUCCGUGCUCCGCAGAAGCCCUAUGAAUUGUGUGACCUUUGACCCUAAGGGUCACCUUUUGGCUGCUGGCUGUUGGAAUGGAAAUGUGAUCAUGUGGAACUGGCUCAAGAAUAAAAACCUAACACCCCUGUGCGGCCACACACGAUCAGUGCGCAGCCUCUCUUUUUCUCCCUACUCCUCCAUGCUCUGCUCUGGCUCCAUGUCUGGGGAGGUGAGGGUGUGGUCAGUGCCUACCUCCACCUGUGUGGGAUGUUUCCAGGCUCACUGUGAAGCCACAGAGUCCCUCACCUUCCUGGAGGAAGGAUCCAUGCUUCUGAGCGCUGGCUCUGAUCACAUGCUCAACCUCUGGUCUGGAGGACUUGGACGUUCUGUCACUGUAUUAAAAUGUGAUGAUUGGAUGCAGGAACCUCCUCUGAAAAAGCUAAAGGCUGUAACGUCUCAGCCUGCUGCUCUGUGUGUGGCUGUGAAUGGAGACUAUGUUGCUGUGGGAUACCACGCUGAUGGCAUCAAACUUUUCAGCCUCAGAUCAGGUGAGAAGCUUUGUCCUCCGUGGACCUGGACGUGUCUGUACCGUGCAUGCUGUGGGUCGUUUUAGAAGCAGAGCAGACCGACACCGAUCUGCUGGUGUCUGGAGGAAGUGACAAAUGUCUGCGGCUGUGGAAGAGAAAACAAGAAGAGGAGGGAAUGAUGGAAGUCCUGGAAAUGGUGGGAAUGUUUGGUGUGCAAUCGGGCACCAUCCAGGCACUGGCACAAAA